AACGUUUUUUUUUGUUUUAAUUUUAAAUUUUCUUAUUCUAAAGAUAUGUCUUAUAAGUCUGUUCCCGGUGUUACUGUUCUCGCACCUGUGAGUGAAGCUCAAGCUGAAAUAAUUAAUGCAGAAGCUUUGGAGUUCCUUGCAAAACUUCAUAGAGCUUUUAAUUCUACUAGGAAGUCAUUACUUCAACGUCGAAUUCUUCGUCAGCAAGAAUUAGACCGUGGUGUUCUUCCUGAUUUUUUACCACAAACUGCUCAUAUUAGAGAGGAUGAUACCUGGCGUGGUGCUUAUCCUGCUCCUGGUCUAGUCGAUAGACGCGUUGAAAUUACUGGACCAGUUGAUAGAAAGAUGGUUAUUAAUGCUUUAAAUAGUAACGCUUACACUUAUAUGGCCGAUUUUGAGGAUUCCAAUGCUCCCACAUGGGAGAAUAAUAUUGAUGGACAAUUAAACUUGCGUGAUGCCAUCCGAAGAACAAUUACUUAUACUAACCCCGGAAACAAUAAAAAUUAUUCGUUACGUGCUGAUGGUAAAAUUGCUACAUUGAUUGUUCGUCCCCGUGGAUGGCAUUUGGAGGAAAAGCAUAUAUUAAUUGAUGGUGAACCUGCUUCCGCAUCAAUUUUUGAUUUUGCUUUGUAUUUCUUUCACAAUGCCAAAAAAUCUAUUGAAGUGGGUAUCGGACCUUAUUUCUAUUUGCCAAAAAUGGAAUCUCACUUAGAAGCGAGACUUUGGAAUGACAUAUUUUGCGUUGCCCAAGAUCUUAUUGGCCUUCCUCGUGGUACUAUUCGUGCUACCGUUUUGAUAGAAACCAUCCUUGCCGCAUUUGAGAUGGAUGAAAUUAUUUAUGAACUUCGUGAACAUUCAUCUGGUCUUAAUUGUGGACGGUGGGAUUAUAUCUUUUCUUUAAUCAAAAAAUUCCGUAGCAACCCUAACUUUACACUUCCAGAUCGUAGCGAUGUAACCAUGACUGUUCCAUUUAUGGAUGCAUAUGUUCGAUUAUUAAUUAAAACAUGUCAUAGACGUGGUGUACAUGCUAUGGGAGGAAUGGCUGCCCAAAUUCCAAUUAAGAAUGAUCCAAAGGCAAAUCAGGUUGCAUUAGAUAAAGUUCGAGCUGAUAAAUUACGUGAAGUAAAAGCUGGACAUGAUGGUACUUGGGUUGCACAUCCAGAUCUUGUAACGAUUGCUUUGGAAGUUUUUAAUGAAAAUUUAAAAACUCCAAAUCAAAUUUUUGUACGUCGUGAAGAUGUUAAUAUUAGUGCUUUGGAUUUAUUGAAUACAAAUGUACCAGGAAGUAUUACCGAAAAUGGAAUUCGUAGUAAUAUUUCAGUUGGAUUAACUUAUAUUGAAUCAUGGUUACGUGGACUUGGUUGUGUACCAAUCCAUAAUCUUAUGGAAGAUGCGGCAACAGCAGAAAUUUCACGUUCACAAUUAUGGCAAUGGGCUCAUCAUGGUUCUCGUACUUCUGAUGGUAAAAAUGUUACAGGAGAAUAUUUACUUAAAUUACUUAAUGAAGAAGUUGCAAAAUUAGAGAAACAAUUAGGUCCACAACGUUUUGGUGCAAGUAAAUAUCCAUUAGCUAAAAGAUAUUUAGCUAGUCAAAUUACCGGAAAAGAUUAUUCAGAUUUUAUUACUACUUUAUUAUAUGAUGAGAUUACAAGUAUUCAAAAUAAGGCUAGGCUUUAAUAUAUCAUUCUAUUGUUUUAGUUGGUUGAAUGUAUUGUCAAUAUUUUAUUCAUGUAAUUAUUUUAUUUUAUAUAGCUUUUUGUAUUAAAAUUAUGUAACUGCAAAUAUAUCAAUUUUUUAGGAAUAAAAUAUAUAAUUUGUUUAUUGUUUAUAUUAAUAUAUUUCACUAU